CAGAGGUUACACAGGAUGGACACUGGACAGAGAUUGACAUUAUUGCGUCAAGCUGCUGUGAUCAUUUCAUUGUUUAUUGUUCACAAGAACUCCAAGCUCGGUGCCAAAAUGGUGAACUGCUGUGGAUUGAUAACUGUCAAGAAUAAACCAGUGCCUCUGAAGAGUAUUGCUGUGGAAGUGAGUGUCCAGGGGCAUGUGGCCACUGUGAGCUCCACUCUGCAGUAUGAGAACCAGGAGKAGAGCCCUCUGGAGGCCAUCUUUGUUUUCCCUCUGCCAGGAGAGGCUGCUGUCUGCAGGUUCAGCGCCAAGAUAGGACAGACUGAGGUGGUGGCUGAGGUUCAGGAGAAACAYAAGGCGCGGGAGCAGUAUGAUGAUUCYUUGAGCUCGGGCCAGCAGGCCUUCCUAUUGGAGGAGAGUGAUGAGAGCCCGGACGUGUUCAAGCUGAGUGUGGGAAGUCUGCCUCCAGGGGAGAAGGCCUCUGUCAGCCUAGACUAUGUGACAGAGCUGGCUGUACAGGCUGACGAUGGCCUGAGGCUCUGCCUGCCCGCSGUGCUCAACCCCCGCUAUCAACCCCAGGGGUCAGACAGUGGUAGUGGUGGCAGUGCCCUGGUGUCCUCGGUGCCUGCUGCUUCUGUGCCCUACAGUCUGUCCCUCACUGCCCGUGUGUCGUCCCCUCAUCCCAUCUGUAGAGUAGAGUCCAACUGUCCCCUGGACCCACUCAACUACCUCAACACAGAGAAAACCCAAGCCACGGUCAGUCUGGCUGCAGGUCAUCAAUUUGACCGGGACGUUGAGCUGUUGUUGUAUUACCAAGACACCCAUCAGCCUACUGCUAUAGUAGAGGCAGCACAGACUUCUGCCAAGCCAGGCUCUCUGAUGGGCGACCCAGUGGUCAUGCUGAGCCUGUACCCAGAGUUCCCCAACGAUGUGAUGUCAUCGAUGACCUCACUCGGGGAAUUCCUUUUUGUUGUGGAUCGCUCUGGCAGCAUGUCAUUCUCCAUGCACAAUGGGUCUGGGGCUCAGGACCGCAUUGGCAGUGCCAGGGAUACUCUGCUGCUCUUGCUGAAAAGCCUGCCAAUGGGGUGCUACUUCAACAUCAUCGGCUUUGGGUCCAGUUAUGAGUCCUUCUUUCCUAAGAGUGUGGAGUACAGCCAGAAGACUAUGGAUGAGGCUCUGCAGAAGGUGAAGGCAAUGAGGGCUGAUCUCGGAGGUACAGAGAUCCUCCAGCCUUUAAAACAUAUCUACCGCCAGCCCUGCCUCCCUGACCAGCCCAGACAGCUCUUCUUGUUCACUGAUGGUGAGGUGGGGAACACCAAGGAAGUCCUGGAUCUGGUGAAGGCAAAUGCUGGCUCUCACAGGUGCUUCUCCUUUGGGAUUGGAGAGGGGGCCAGCUCUGCUCUCAUCUCUGGGGUGGCCAAGCAGGGCGGAGGGCACGCACAGUUUAUCACAGGACAGGACAGGAUGCAGCCCAAAGUGAUGCAGUCCCUCCGGUUUGCCCUGCAGCCGGCUGUGGUGGACAUCUCAGUCAAGUGGAAUGUCCCAAAGGGGGUGUCUGUCACCCCUCUGUCUCCACCAAUCAGAGUGCUCUUCCAGGGUCAAAGGGCACUGCUGUAUGCCCAGCUCACUGGGAAGAGCUCAGGGGACACAGAGGGCUCAGUGACAGUGAAGUACAGCCUGGCUGAGCAGCCUGUUGAGAACCAGCUGAGCUUCAGUCUCAAGCCUACAGAGGACACUGGACUGACCGUCCACAGGCUGGGGGCUCGAACCCUGAUCCGCUCCCUGGAGAUGGAAGAGAGGCAGGGGGAUGGGGAGAAGAAGGGAGUGAAAGAGAAGGUGGUAGAGCUCAGUGUCCAAUCAGGAGUGAGCAGUGCCUUUACUGCCUUCAUCGCUGUCCACAAAGUAGAUGGAGAGGCUGUGCAAGGACCGAUGCUACGCAGACAAGUCCCCACGGCCAAGCAGAGCAGGCAACCGAUGGGCACCAGACAGCAGAGGCUCUCGGCUAUGCCAGGGAGGAUGCAGACUCUGGUGAUGAUGUUAUCAGACUCUGACAUAAACUACAGAGAAGGCCUCUGGUUCCUGGUCCUGGAGGCAGCGUUGGCUGAGGUGCUGGGGAAGACUGAGGAGGAGCUGUGCAAGGACCGAUGCUACGCAGACAAGUCCCCACGCCAAGUGAGUGAGUAUGGCUAUGCACCAGAGGAUGUACAGGGGUCUAAAGGAGCUUUACUGGGAAAAGACUCUGGUGAUGAUGUAUCAGACUCUGACAUAAACUACAGAGGGUAUAUGGGUUUUCGUCGUCCGAGGAAGAGGAAUGGGACGAAAGUGCAGCGUGACUCUGACUGUCCAGCCCAGCCUCUGAUCUGCAAUGGACCUCUCCUCCAGCUGAUCUCCCUCCAGAAGGCCUCUGGUUCCUGGGUCCUGGAGGCAGCGUUGGCUGAGGUGCUGGGGAAGACUGAGGAGGAGGUGGCCAAGCCAAAGCCUGCACCGGUGGACCAGGAGGUGUGGGCCACGGUUCUAGCCCUGGUAUGGCUCUAUGGGUUCAAGAUGGAGGCUCAGGAGGAGUGGCAGUUUCUGGCCARGAAGGCAGUAUCAUGGAUCCAGGCUCAGAAAGCAGCCAGUGUGUCUGAGUGUGUCCAGGCUGGGAACACCCUUCUGGGUUGCCAGGUGCAGAAAGAAACCCUGGGAUUCUGAGACGUUCACCCUGGCUGUCCCCCACAUUCCUGCUACUCUACCUGGGGUAAGAUAUACAUGCAAACCCACCUGCUCCUGGUCCCCUCCUCAAAGCAACAUGGUGGAACUAGCUACUGUACUGGUCUGAACAAGCCUAAUUAUCAACCUCUUACCUAUAUUAGCCUACUGUCAUUUAAUGUAGGGGCACUUAUGUAUCUCAAUGUAUUGGUUGUUAUUAACAUAUCAACAUGAAUCUAUGUAUUACAUAUACAGCUAUACUUGUUAGACUUUGCUUUGGUUAUCAAUUCCAUAAAGCCUACUGGAAACAAUGUGUUAACAGUACUUGUCAUCACUAACCAAAAUGCUUGGUAAAAUGGAAAGCAAGAUGAGUGCCUUUCCUAGUGCCUUUACUGUGUGAUCAUGUAACACUGUCUAUAUUCAUGUAUUUCCUCAUAUUUUACCACUGUACUUAAAUCAUAUGAUAAAAUCAAUGAUAUUCUACAUGUU